CGUGGCACUGAACACUUUCGGUCUAAUCCAAUCUCUCUCUCUCCCUAACAAACUACUGGUUUUGCAACUUAUUAGAGGUAUCUACCUGGUAAAAAGGUCAGAAGAAGGAAGACGACGAAGAAGGUAGAUAUGGGAAGGGUAUUUGUGGUGGAGCUAGAGGGAAGUUCAUACAGAUGCAAGUUCUGCAAGACCCAUUUGGCUCUCGCAGACGAUCUUGUUUCUCGGUCUUUUCAUUGCCGUCGGGGAAAAGCAUACCUCUUCAGUAAUGCGGUGAACCUCGUAAUGGGAGCAUUAGAGGAGAGGUUGAUGCUUUCGGGAUUGCAUACUGUGGCAGAUAUAUUUUGCUGCUGUUGUGGACAGAUUGUUGGCUGGAAAUACGAGGCUGCACAUGAGAGGAGCCAGAAGUAUAAAGAAGGGAAGUAUGUUCUUGAAAGAGGGAUCUUGUAUGUCCAUUAACAGAGGGAGGAUCGUCGAUGAAGCUGACUCUUCUAGCGAAUUCUAUAUUGAUACUCACCCAAGCAUGAGUGAUGCUGAGGACGUUUAGGAUCCUACUCCAUUUGUUCAAAUAUUGUAGUAGACAUUUUACACAAUUGAGAAGAGAUUUACGGCUUAUGUAUGGAAUUAUAUAAUAAUCAUACUGUCUUAUUUUUGCGAUCGUUAGGGAACGUAUUCAUUCCUUCUAGAUUGUACUACUCUGAAUGCUAAUGUACUCUUGAGUUGCAUGGACUGUUACUCAA